AUGCAAACUAAAAACACCUUUUCUUGGAUAAAGAAAGAGAUUAUUCGAUCUAUUUCCGUAUCGCUAAUGAUAUAUAUCAUAACUCGGACAUCCAUUUCCAAUGCAUAUCCCAUUUUUGCACAGCAGGGUUAUGAAAAUCCACGAGAAGCGACCGGGCGUAUUGUAUGUGCCAAUUGCCAUUUAGCUAAUAAGCCCGUGGAUAUUGAGGUUCCGCAAGCGGUACUUCCUGAUACUGUAUUUGAAGCGGUUGUUCGAAUUCCUUAUGAUAUGCAAGUUAAACAAGUUCUUGCUAAUGGUAAAAGGGGAGGUUUGAAUGUGGGGACUGUUCUUAUUUUACCUGAGGGAUUUGAAUUAGCCCCCCCCGAUCGUAUUUCGCCCGAGAUGAAAGAAAAGAUAGGAAAUCUGUCUUUUCAGAGCUAUCGCCCCACUAAAAAAAAUAUUCUUGUGAUAGGUCCUGUUUCUGGUCAGAAAUAUAGUGAAGUCACCUUUCCUAUUCUUUCCCCGGACCCCGCUACUAAUAAAGAUGUUCACUUCUUAAAAUAUCCCAUAUAUGUAGGUGGGAACAGAGGAAGGGGUCAGAUUUAUCCCGAUGGGAGCAAGAGUAACAAUACAGUUUAUAAUGCUACAGCGGCUGGUGUAGUAAGUAAAAUCAUACGAAAAGAAAAAGGGGGGUACGAAAUAACCAUAUCGGAUGCGUCAGAUGAACGUCAAGUGGUUGAUAUUAUCCCCCCAGGGCCAGAACUUCUUGUUUCCGAAGGCGAAUCUAUCAAAGUUGAUCAGCCAUUAACGAGUAAUCCUAAUGUGGGUGGAUUUGGUCAAGGGGAUGCGGAAAUAGUACUUCAAGAUCCAUUCCGUGUCCAAGGCCUUUUGUUCUUCUUGGCAUCUGUUAUUUUGGCACAAAUAUUUUUGGUUCUUAAGAAGAAACAGUUUGAGAAGGUUCAAUUGUCCGAAAUGAAUUUCUAGAUUCUCGGAUUUCCAAUAUCAAGUUCGUAAAAAGAAUCAAAUUCUUGUUUUGGGAAUUCAAUUAUGUUCUGUAUAUGUUAUGUAUGAUCAAAAAUUAUGAAAAGCUUUUUGCUUGUUUCUAUUCCAGAUGUCGAUAUCGGGAAUUAUUUGUACCGCAUUCCUAGUCAUAGUAUGUAUAUUGUGAAGAAGAUUAUUUUACUUUAUCCCUUCUUUUUUUUUCAAGCCAAAUUCGAGCGGUGUCACUAGGUCACUCUUGUGAGAUUGAAAUGUCAUAGAAUGGAUCAAUCUUUUUCUAUUCUAAUAGAAUAACAUCUAAAAUUUCACUGGAUACUAAACAUAAGAUAAGUAAGUGGAGAAUAGAAAACAAAGGAUUAUUCGCCUUCUUCUUCUUAGUCUUUUCUUUGACACAAGAAAGGAAUUUUCUACAUUUCUUUCUUGUGUCUACAUAAAAACGGUUUUUGAUCCCGUUCGUCAAAAAUUACUAUCCUUAUUAGUUUCUAUUUUUUCCAUGUUUAUCAGAACCCUUUUUUUAUAUUUAUUACGUAUACAUAUAGAAAGUAGUGAACAAACAAAAAAAAAAUAGAGGGAAAUCUUUUGAUAAAAUAGAACUUAUUCUAAUGGACUUAGAAAAAAUUCAACUUUGAUGAGAUACUAAAUAGAGUAGAGUAAGGAUAAGGAUCUAUUCGAAAAGGAUUUGCUUUGCAUAAUAGCUGAUCGACAGAAAUAUAUAUUGUAAUUGUGUCAUUCAGGAAAAUGAAAUCGAGCGAUUCCUUCUUUCUUCUAACUUUGAAAGAUAGAUAAGAUACUAUCCGCGAAUAAGGGAUGCUCUAAAUUAAUUAAUGAAGUUUUCAAAAACAUUAUAAGAAAUGAAGUUUUUUUUUCAAAAUAGGGAAAAGUUAUUUUUUUUAUUUAUACUAAUAAAAUAUUAUGAAAGCUUAAGAAGGCUUAAGAAGGCUUAAGAAGGCAAGGAUCCACUUGCCUUCUUAAGCUUUCAUGUCUCCAACUCAGUUCAUCUUAUUAUUAGAUUAUUACAGAGAUGAACCCAACCCGGAGUAUGAACCAUAAAAGAAAAUACCUAUUAAACCGAUCACAAGAAUACCAGUUACAGUACCUAUUAUCCAAAGAGGAAUCCUUCCAGUAGUAUCGGCCAUUUAUCCCGCUUCCCUCCACCAUUUCUUUCAUCAAGUUGUCAUGCUAAAGACAUAAACAGCCAUAGAUAAUUAUGAGAUGUAAUCCUUCCGAAUGGGUUAAGAUAAUUCUUAUUAUUAUUUAGUAUUCUACUAUUCUUUUUUCUUCUCUUAAUUGAAGAAAUAAUUGGAAAAUAAAACAGCAAGUACAAAAAUGAGUAAUAACCCCCAGUAGAGACUGGUACGAUUCAAUUCAACAUUUUGUUCGUUCGGGUUUGAUUGUGUCAUAGCUCUAUAAUUUGUAUUAGGUUUAUCGUUGGAUGAACUGCAUUGCUGAUAUUGACCCUAAAAAAGAAACGGUAGGUACAGCUAGUCCAUGAACAGCUAACCAUCGCACUGUAAAAAUUG